CCGUUUUCGCCGUUUCAUCCUUUUGUGAAUCAUCACCAAUCAGAGAGAAGCUGUUGCUUUCUCGCUAUUGCCAUUAUUGACACAUAGACGAUCUAAUAUAGAUGGUAAUUGGAGGCAUAAUCUUGAAUUAACCAUGAAGUUUGCAACCCUUGCCCUUACAGCCGCCUUGGUGUUGACCGCCGAAGGAUUCUCUCCUGCCGCCACCAACCAUGGCCGAUCCACCACUCGGCUAUCCUCGGCCGUGGCCCCUCCCCAGCGAGAAGCUCCUGGUGCUGGGUAUGUUCCUGAAUGGGAAGAUCGACCGGGUCUCUCUCCUGAAGAGUUCAUGGCAAGUGACAUGAGCAAGCCAGAUAGGAGUGGAAUGUGGGAGUGUCCAUUGACUCGAUGGGAUUCCGAUGAUAUUGAUGUUGUCAAGGCCCAAAAAGAAGCCGCUAAAAUGCCCAAAUGUCCUCUGGAAAUGAGAGCUUCCGCUGCUGACAACGCCAAGGGUGCUCAAUACUUUGCCGAUAAUAAGGAAAAAAUUCGAAAGGAGCUUCUCAAGUACGGAGCUGUCUGGCUACGAGGCUUUGACCUCAUGAAAUCCUUUAAGGGACAUCGGGAAAUGUACGAAGCAUUGGGAUUGGACCCCUGUCUGGAUCCUCUGCAUUCUUCCGGAUUGCGGAAAUUCGCAUCCGAGCGGGAUGCCAUUUACGAAGAAGUCAACAAGCCAUCUCUCCGUGGACACUACAUUGGACUGCAUUGCGAGUCCACCACCAAGCGAACGGCUGCCUAUGCUGCUUUUGUGUGCCUCCAAAAGGCGACUGAAGGAGGAGGCCGAUUCUUGGUGGCCGAUGGUGCGGCUAUUUUGGCUGAACUCGAUACCAAACUCUUGCAAAAGUUGUAUGACCGAAAAAUCAGAAUCUCCGUCAGCAACUUGGAUUUGCCCCCAUCAUUGCCAGGCAUUCUCAAAGAGGGGGUCAAGGGAUUGGUCGAUGCUGCUGUCGCUCCCAAGUUUGAUAUGGACUUGGAAAUGGUCUUUGAAGCGGAUGGAAAGGAAGGUCGUUUGCAGGCCAUUGAAACUGCCGAGGCACCCAUCAACCGCCACCCUGUCACAGGUCUCCCAGUUUGGUUCAACAAUGCUCACAACCAUGCUAGAAAACUUCGUGACCGAAGACCUUGUGGUGUCCCAGAAGUUGGUAUGACAGAAGUCUUUUAUGCUGACACUCUAGAACCACUGUCUCUGGAGGACUGCCAAGAAAUCAAAAGGGCAAGUGAAAAGCACAUUACUGCCCUUGCCAUGGAGCCUGGCGAUGUCUUGUUGGUGGACAACUACAGAGCACUCCAUGGACGUGAUGUCUUCCAGGGAGAUCGUUUCCAUGCUGUCAGUUGGUUCACUUGGGAUGACAAGGAAGAAUGGCGUGGAAAUGAGCGUCGCAUUGUGGAAAAGAAUGCUCUGAACCAAGCCAUCAACUCGAUGAUGGACUGGUUGCCCAAGGAUUUUGAAUCCAACCAGAGCUAAGCGAAAGCAAUGGUGAAUUGCUAGAUACAGAAAAAGAGGAAGUACAGUAGAUUAUGCAUGGUCUGCCCACUAGAGGAAGCUCCAGUCUGGAUAUGGUUGCACACCUGGUAAUCUCUACCCCCUAACUAAUUGCAUAUAGAUGAACCAUGUUGAUAGCU